UCAUCCCUCCAUCAUCCUGCAUCCCUCCAUCAUCCCACAUCCCUCCAUCACACCUCCAUCCCCACUUCGCCAUCCCAGUGCUGUAGCCCUCCUGGGGACCACACGGCCCCACUCAUGUCCCACAGCCAUCAGGGAGAGCUCUCUCCUGAUGAGCGCAGAUUGCUUUCAUCCAAACCCGAUUUUCUGGCAGGGUUUCAGGCAUCCCGGGGGGCUCUCCCGCCUUCUACCGAGCAGGGGGAAAGAUCUGAGCUGUUUUCUCUUAAUUGGUUUAAUUUAUUCAGCGGCGCAGAUGUAAAACAUUUUGUUAUUGGAGAUAAUUCCAGUUUUCUGAAGUCGGGAAUCAAAGGCGGCGGCUGCAGGUAGUUGACAGUGAGAUAAAUUGAACGGAGCACUUUAAAGGCGAAUCAAAGUGACGGGGUGGAACAAUGCCCGCAUUUGCAUGGAGCAGCUUUUCGCUGACGCCGAUAAUUCCGCCGUGUGCCGGCGCGUUCCCCGCACUCACUCCUUUCUCUCCCCCCCCCCUCCCCCCCCGGUGCGCGCCGUGCCCGCACCCAGGUCGGCUCCCACGGAUGUCCCCGAGGGCGAAGAGCGCCCGGUGUCGGUGUUGAGCAGCCUGAGCUAUAGGAAGCGGCCGAGCCUGAAGGACUCCAUAGGCGGCCGCGGGGACGAGCAGACGCUGUUCAGCGCGCUGAGCGAACGGGCGGCCUCCCCGGAGCGCGCUGCCCGCCGGGCGCGGGGCGCAGAGCACGAGGACCGGGCGGCCGUCAUCGCCCGCGCCUUCGCCGACGCCAGCGGCCGCGCUCGGCAGGGGCUGGGCAAGCGCUGGUCGCUGUCGGCUGGCGAUGGGGAGAAGGGCUCCGUCGCCUCCGCGCCGGUGAGCAGAGCCUCGUCGGCCUCGUGGCGCGCGCCGGAGGAUGGAGACGAAGGGGACGAGGCGUGCUCGGUGCUGAGCUUCGCCCUCUCCAGCCCCGGCAGCCUGCGGAGCCGGCGCAGCGGUGCCGGCGGUCGCCCCGAUUCGCGGCUUUCGCUCGCCCGCAGCCUCCUGGAUGAGGCGGAUGAAGCAUCCCGCGGGCAGCCCCCGCUGGGCCGCAGCUUCUCCGUGCCCCCGCGACCCCGCAGCGCCGCCUCCGAGGACGGUCCCCCCGGGGACGCCCGCCCGGUGGGGCACCGCUCCUACCUCGACCCCGACCUGGAGGCUGCCAUCCAGGAGGUGCUGAGCUACCGCUCUCCGCGGGCCGGGGGUCUCUCCAGCCCCGACUCCGGGGACGACGGGCGCAGCGUCCGCAGUGUGCGCAGCGUGCGCAGCGCGGCGCCGCUGGGUGCCGCCGACCGCCCCGGCAGCCUCCGCCGCUCCGCGUCCGCCCUCGAGGUGUCGCGUCCAUCCCGACGCUCCGGCCGCCGCCGCAGCAGCUCUUCCUCGGAGUCGUCCUCCUCCUCGGAGGAAGAGGAGGAGCGCAAGAGGAAGAGCGCCAAGAAGAAAUCCAAGAAAUCCAAAAAGAAAUCCAAGAAGAAGAAGAAAAAGUCAUCCUCCGAGUCGGGCUCAGAUUCCUCCUCCGAUUCCUCCUCCGGUUCCACCGUCUCCUACCGGAGCACCUCCAGUGUGAAGAAGGGCCCGCGGGCAGCCGGGGGGGAGGAGCCGGUGCGCCCCGACCGGGCCAGGAAGGAGGAGAAGAGGCGCAAGAAGCAGGUGGACAGCCUGAUGAUGAAGUACCUGUACCGGCCUGAGAGCGACUGAGGCAGGAGGUGGGAGCGGUGUGUGCCUGCAGCAUGACCCGAGUGUGCCACUAACCCCUAACCGUGCCCAGGCACCGUUCCGAGCAUCCCUGCUGAGGCCACACGGUGGUGGGAAUGCUGCUCCAUCCUUGUGCCGUGGGGUUGGACUCCGAGAAGUGCUAAUCCCGUCCUGGAGUGGCUGCAUGGAUCUCUGAUGGAAGUUUGGGGUGGGCAGAUGGGGCUGCGGCUCCGGGAGGAGCAGUGGUACUAACAGCACCCAGUGUGGGGUGCAGAUGUGGGAUGACAUGGGUGAGUAGAUGGAGUCGGAUGGUUAUUGGAGUGGUUACUCCAGUCCUGCACCCCAUCUGUGUGGGAAGGGGGCUGCAGUCAGCUCUCUGGCAUCCUGGCAGUAAGUGGUGAGUGGGUUCGGUUGCUUCCUAUGGCUUCUGUAGGAAAAGGGCUGGAGGAGGUGGAAAAAUCCUUUGGGAAUGCUGUUGGAUCACCAUCCCAGCCCUUGGCCAGGCUGUCGCAUUGCAGGGCACUGGCUCAGGGCUGGGACGCAUCUCCAUCCAGGACGUGCAGCCAUGGCCAGUCACCCAUUUGAGCCCAGACCCAAUGUUUUUUGGCACUGCCACCACUCAGUGCUGCUCUGUACCCAGCAGGAGGGCCGCGGCCCCAUUUCUCACAGGCAACCCAAGGAGACAACGCAGCCUCGAUGCGUCAGGACAGCAGUUCAGCACCUAACCCCUUUUUCUC